CUCGAUUCGCUUCUGGGAUUGUGUGGUGCUAGUAGCGUACCAUGGCAGCGCCCACUGGCAUGCCCUGGCCCAAUUGCUGCCCCCCUCAAGCUCGCUGGCUGCAGUGAGUGACCCUUCGCCCACUCGGCCACUGCGCCGCUCUUUGCCCACUCGCUCCAGUUGUUCGCUCUCUCACCCGGCGGUCGCCUCAGUCCGCAGUUUCAAUCCUCCAUCUCCUCCUCGCCGCCACACCAUCGUCUUCUCUUCAUCCCUCUCACUGUUCACUGCCCUCAACAUCAGGGCAUUUGGCACCACGAUUCAGGUGUCUAUCAACGCUCUGCUUUUGCAUUGAUCUUGUUCUGUCGGUCGCUCCAUGUCCGGUUUCUCGCUCACAGCGGGUCUGACAUCCUGAGAUCUCCGCCCGCAGAUCCUCCUGCGCUUUGGCUCUACCGGCACCGAAGACGUGUUCCAGCAAUUCGGUUCCUCCAACGACUGUCUGCUUCUCCCACUCAGCGACCUCAUAACCAUCCAUAUUUAGAACCCCCGGUGUGCUUCCUCUGGACGAGCCGGUUCGGUCUACAUUUGUUGGGAAAGGAUCGAAGGAUAGUCGUGUCUUCCGGCCACCGUUAUUGUGCAACGCGCACCGAAGAUUUCGCCCAAAAAGGCUGCGAACCAGAGGAUCACACACUUGAACGGCCGUUCCAGUCGACGGACUACCCGCCUCUUCCGGCCUAUAGCACUUCUUCUUGCGCGCCUGGAACCAGACGCAAAGCGCCAAUCGCACCGUUUGGUUGAGAAAACGAACCUCCGGACGGGGACAAUCUUGCUGGCUUCCACCCGCUUGUUCAGGACCGGUAUCUGCGUGUUUUUUUCGCCUCGGGUUGCACGACCAUAACAGAGGUGAAAGUUUAAACCACAGAGUCUCAGUCCUCCAUAUCUACCGUUCAACCGGACCCCGACAAUCACGCGAGCCUUCCUGCUCUCAGGGAGAUAGUCGGGGCUGAGAUCACUCAACGCCCACUUCUGCCACAACCACCUGUGCCUGCUUUCAUCCCCGAAUUCUUUAUUCCUGGCAUCUCGACUGUCUACAUCGACGAAGUCCCUAUUAGGACGUACGUAGUUGGCGGCCUUCAUUACGCCAUGGCUCAACCACCGAAUGAAACGAAGAGUGAACACUCGAGGGUGACCAUCGAUGGACGAUGCAUCACAUACAAACUCGAGGUUGUGCAGCAACCCGAGAAAGCCAGAGCUUGCGGAUCCGGUCCAAGAUCAUCCGCCGACCGCAGACCGGUUGACCCUCCUCCUGUGGUCGAACUUCGCGUAUUCUGCAAUGACACCGACAUCACGAUGCUCUAUGAUGCGACUUUCAUGCUGUAUGCCAGCCUCGAGGUUGCCAGGCCGAUUGCUGGCGGCAAGAUGCAUACGCCGCCCGUCAUUCCCGUAUUGACCGGCGUCGCGGUGGCGAGCGCGGCCUAUCUCGAUAGACCAAAGAAAGCUGCCUACUUCAUCUUUCCUGACCUCUCCGUCCGACAUGAAGGUUGGUAUCGACUGAAGUUUUCCCUGUUCGAAGGCAUCAAGCACGAAAUGGACGCAGACCAGGGAAUGCCAUUUGUCCACAAUUCCCCUGCCGCGGACAAAUUGACCCCUCCGGUCCGUCACGAAAGUAUGGCAAACCGGUUAGAGGUCCAGUCGGUCCCAUUUCAAGUCUACAGUGCGAAGAAGUUUCCUGGUCUCAACACCAGCACCUACCUGAGCAAGCUGGUUGCGGAGCAAGGCUGUCGUGUACGCAUCCGGCGUGAUAUUCGCCAAAGGAAGCGGCCACAGAAGGAACCAGAGGUGGAAGAUGCCCACAGUUCCUAUCAUGGAACCCCUCAGGCAGCAUACCGCUCUAUGGAACACCCACAGCAUUCACGGUCCGCCAGUCGAAACAGCCUUGGCAGCCAAUUCGACGCCGAGUUGGCGAGAAGGGCCUCGAUCGAGAGCUUGUAUAACCGCCCUGCUAUUCCAAGUCGUCACUCGUCUAUAGCUCCGCUGCCGAGCCCUUCCUUGCCGAGUCUUCCACCAACCAAUUCUUUGCCCAGCUUGCCACCGAGCCUGCCACCGACCAAUGCCAUGCCUCCUCCUCCAACCUACAGCCAUCCUUCCUCGCUGCGUCAGAUGCUCAACCCACCCGCUGCGGCAGAACCAUCGAUGCCUCCUCCAAAAGCCUACCAACCUUUCACUCCCACGAGUGCUCAACCCUCUCCUAUGCGGCCCAUAACCCCUGACAAUGAGGAUUCUUUGGCUAGCUUAACACUUCCGCCCAUCCUAAACACAAGCCUGUUUAACCAGACUACUCGACAGUACGAUCUGCCCGAUCCAACAGCAUCAAAAAGGUCCUAUAGCUCACAUACGACCGAGUCUGAGUUCUCCCUAAAGUUGGGAGCUCGGCCCGACAUAAUUCCUGCCAGCCAGUACCCAAGAACUCCUGCUCCGGGUGCCAACGACUACAUUGAACCGGACAACAGUGUACGCGCUGCCCGAGAGGCCCAGCAAGCAGCCCGCGACCGAGAGCUUUUUGGCGAACCGUUAGUCUAUAGCCGCUCGAAUGGCAACCAAGUUGAAGUCCGGCAUCCUUACCUUCGGCACCUUAUGCGACAUCGUGCUACAUGAUGAACCAAUGACCUGGCCAUGAGUCGGCUAAAAUCUGUUGCUGCUCAUGCAUUCGAUGUCCGCCGAAAAGGGUUGGCCCGUCCGAAGUGUGCGGAAUAGAAUUGGUGGGAUGUACGAAAGCCCUCUUUUUCUCCAACCCGGGUGGCACGCCGGGUUCUUCUUUUCUGUUCAACAAUCCGCAGUGUAUGAAGGGGGAUGUUAUUUCCGUGGGCAGAAUUUGCCCGUCGCAGUCGACUUUCCUCGUUUUCGCUCAGUAUUACUAUACCUGUCCUUUUAGGACUUGAUUUCACGAUUUCGCACGGCAGUGAAAGCGAAUGGGCGCCACAUGCUACAGGGCUUCCACCAAGAACCAAGGGCGAUCAAACUCGAACAGGGCGGAAUUUGUGGGAAGAAUGAUGAAGCAAAAAUGGGUUAUGAAGCCUAUUUCUCAGGUGGCUGCUGUGCUUCAAUCGUUCCGCAAUACUAUACAAACCUGGAGUAUAGGGAAGCUGUGUUAUUUGCUCGAAUUGCCCAGAUUGGAUUUAUGGGGAUAAAAGGACAACAGUACACCUGAGUUGUGCAAGUUACAGAAGUGUCCCAGAGGUUGAGAAUGUUGGAAUACAGUCUACAAGAUGCGAGACUGUAGCCGAUGUUGAACAGGAUGGACCUGAGCCUCGUCUGCCAUCAAGCAAAGUAGUUUUUGAUCUUUUUUUUCUUGGAGUAAUGGAAUGGGAUGUUGCAACACUUUGGGUUAAAAGGGGUUUAUUACUAUCUGAUCUGUUUCUUUGUUGUCCCAGUACAGUGGAGCAUGUCACCAUUUGGUUUCGUGCUAAGUUCGUGCAGAUGUAGGUAGGUACCUAAGGUACUAAGUGUAGAGUCCCUCGGAUAUUUUUGUCCGUCUUUUCCAUAAAGGCGGGUCGGGACUGGAAAUAUGACGAACAUAUCAUGACCACGAUCGCAAGGGCGUACGCUCCAAGAAAGAACUUUUGACCCAUGCACUUACCUAUGCUUGCGGGCCGUGGGCUAUUCAUUAAUACCAGGUAUCCUACUUUUUUUUACGUUGGAAUUUUAGGCUAUGUAAAUAAUAUCCUGCUCAUUUGUCACGUCGGAAGUCUCAGCAUGUAAAUGAUAUCCAG